AGAUGCUUAGAGGUGCUGCAGGAAAGGACAAAAAGACCCAGAGAUGUGGUGCAUGUGAAAAUAUGGAAAAAGGUCUUAGCUGCAUUUCAUUUACUUUUUGCUUUUGGAUUGGAACAAUAUCUGUUCCAAAAGAUUAUGUCUGUAAAGCUUCCAAAUCCUGUGGCAGAAAGGCUUGGAAUGGAAUGGUUUCGCUUGUGUUCAGCUUCAUGUAAUGACAGUUGCCUUUCUCUCUGCUUGAGCUCUCUGCUUUGAACUUUGGGUUCCCUGGUGGGAACCAUAACAUCCAUAUAUAUAUAUUUACUUAUUGGUGCUUAAAUGAAAAGCAUAUGCAGUGGUGGUUUUAUUUGUAAUUUAGGUUGUUGUCUUUUCAGUGUAUCUUUAAUUAGAAGUGCCUGCUAUCUUUCCAGACACGCUCAUCCCAGGACCUCGGCAUCCAGAAUGUGGUGCUACUUCUUCUCAAGCCUUUGUUAAUGCCAAAUUAUUUAACGCAAAAACAAUAAAAAGGGGGAAUCCCUUUUCGGAUUUAGCCUUUGUUGAACAGUGCUGCCAGAAAUCCUGCAUUUUGCCUGAGCUGGCUUUAUGUAACAGCUUCUCAGUGGUAUUACCGUGGUGGCAGGGAGCAGAUGCGAUCAAGUGCAAGCGAUGUUUGUGUUUAGCGCCCUUGUACAAAGACUUUAAAGCUGGAUAACUUCUGAGCUGCAAGGUCCAUGUCCCCACCACCACCCCGGGCUAGAGGUCUGCAUGGAAUUGUUUUCUGCUUGUCUCCAUAGAGGCAGGUGCUUCAGAGUAAGUCAUGACAGUGUUUCAAUUCUCUAGUACUUAAGAUGCAGAACGGAUGUUCUGCGGUUGUUGGCAUUUUCCCUGCGGAGAGGGACGAGUUAUGAGAAUCGCUUCGCUUGAAUCCCCCUUGGGGCAGGUAAACCCUGUUGAUAGGGCUGUGUCGUAGGAUGAGCCAUCAAAACAUUGUGAUGUUUCUUAGCUUUUGGGGACGGAGAAGAAGUGGGAGUCCCACAAAUACACAAAGACUGUUCUUCCUCUGAGCUUGUCAGGCUUUUGAGCUGAAUAAAUAAGUGCUGUUUUGCAUUAAGUAGAGCAGAUGUUGCUGCAUGAGGACACGCUUCUCAGUUGUGAAGAAGAUGGACUUGAGUUGGUCUCAGUGAACUAAAGGAAUUCCGGUUGCGCGGCCUCAUCCUCCCUCCCUAGGAUGCCAUCGUUACCCGUGCUGAAUUAUUCAUCCGCUAUGUUUUCUAGGAAUGCUAAGUUGGUAGGUGAAAUCCAUAAAAAGCAAAGGGGAUGUGUCGCUGAAGGUGGUAUCUGCCUUACGGUCUGUCUUGCUGGGGUGGCUGAACGUAGCAGUAGGAGCUGUACUUGGUAGGUGUUGCGAUGAAUUCGGAAAAAUACUACGCCGUGUUGUGGUUGUUCCUGUCAGUGCUGUGUCUUCCAAAAUACAAAGGCACUUCAGAGCAAACGUUUGAAGGGAAGUUUCUUUGUUAAGACAAAAUGCAAGUACUCUGUGACCUCAGAACAGAGAAAGCGUCGUCCCUGGAGUAGAAAAAAGGGAUGUGGUCCCAUGUGUAGUAAAACAAGGAACAAUUCUACAAUCGCUUCCUGUUCCAAAUAUGCCACCAAAAAAGCAGUCAUAACAUAAAGGCUUUAAACUGCCAAGGAUUUUGACCUGCUUAUGUUAAAUUCAUGCUCUGGAUUCUUUUCUAGAGGAGCCCCUCUCCUUUCUCUGGUGGAGACUAAUCUCCAGGGGCUAAGGUUUGCUGCUGUUCCGUUUCCUCACGUGUUCCUGCAAGCGUGGGACCCUGGGAGACAGCGGCGUUAGUGCUGUAACUGAGCAGAGGUAUUUGUAAUCUCAGGAGAACAAACGUAUUUGUCUCUUUAGUAAGUUUUUAGGAAUUGUUUUCCUUUGUGUUUUCCCUCCCCCGGGCAGCAGUGAAUCAGGAAGAUGGGAUUACCUAAAGCUGACCCAUUGUGCUGCUCCUUUUCUUUAUCUCCUUUUCAGGGAAGGAACUCCCUCCUCUUCCCCAUACUCCUGUCCCUACCCUUGCGCUUCCCGUGGGUUUGUGCAGAAUUUCCCACUGAGUGGGUAGAGGAGGGACACAGGGAGAUGGCAGCCUGGGCCCGGGGAGCCUCUGCUCUGCUUCAGCCAGAGGAUGCUGCAGCUCGGCGCAGGCAGAACUCGGCGCUGCCUUUUGGCUUAUCCCUCAGAGCCCUCCACCCAGUCACUCCAUGUCCGUAGCCAGCAAGCGUUUCUCUCAUCAUGAGUGCUGAAUUAAACGUGCCGGUGGAUCCUUCCACUCCUGCUUGCUGCUCUGAACCUGGCACCAAAGGCAUGGAUUAUCGGGACUGGGUGCGGCGCAGCUAUCUGGAAUUGGUCACAUCAAACCACCACUCCGUUCAAGCCCUUUCGUGGAGAAAACUGUACCUGAGCCGAGCCAAACUGAAAGCUUCCAGCAGAACCUCUGCUCUGCUCUCCGGAUUUGCAAUGGUUGCCAUGGUGGAGGUGCAGCUGGAGGUGCAGUACAAGUACCCCCAGAUGCUGCUGAUCGCUUUCAGUGCCUGCACAACGGUGCUCGUGGCAGUCCAUCUCUUUGCCCUUCUCAUCAGCACCUGCAUCCUGCCUAACGUGGAAGCAGUGAGCAACAUCCACAACCUGAACUCCAUCAGCGAGUCCCCCCACGAGCGCAUGCACCCCUACAUCGAGCUGGCGUGGGGCUUCUCCACCGUCUUGGGGAUCCUCCUUUUCCUUGCAGAAGUCGUGCUUCUGUGCUGGAUAAAAUUUCUGCCUGUGGGCUCCAUCCUGAAAAAUGAGACCACCAACGUCGAGAAGCCCAGCGGCCACGCGGGUUGGCAGUCGGCGCUGGUCUCCACCAUCAUCAUGGUCCCAGUGGGUCUGAUUUUUGUCGUCUUCACCAUUCACUUCUACCGCUCUUUGGUGCGGCACAAAACGGAGCGCCACAACCGAGAGAUCGAAGAGCUUCACAAACUGAAAGUGCAGUUAGACGGGCAUGACAGAGGCAUGCAGGUAGUGUGAGGGGGAGGCAGAGGCUGCUUCCAGCAAAUCCGCUCAGCUAAGGCUGCGAGCAAAAUACCUGUUUUGCUAGUUGGUGAGAUGCACCAGCGAUGGAUUGUCUUGAGGCUUAAAUAUAUAAAUGCUAAUUGCCUGCCAUAUAUAGCUGUGGGUUCUAGUGCUGAUUCAGACGCUGGGGUCUCUGGCCUGUUUCUGGUCAUACACACUCGCGUACUUACAUCAACGCUGCCGUGGAGUUCAAGGUCAAAACUUUAUCUACCUUAACACUGGUAGCCAAAAAUGUGUAUUUUUUACAAAUGCAAUAUUCCAUUGCCAAAAGUAACGCUGCAUCGGCUGUCCAAAACACCCGCGUGUGUGUGUGUAGGAUCUGUCUUAUGUGUCAGAACUCCCUGGCUGUCGGUGCAGCAGCAAUUAACUGGCAGCUCGUCUCUAGAGCUGAGCUGGUUAAUGAGGGUAUCUGCAGCUGACUUGAGGACAUCCAGGAACGCACAAUAGAAACUGUGAGUGUUGACCACCUUUGUUCCAAAGCAAGUGUUCCGUAAAUACAUAACCAGAAAGAAAUCAGCCUUAGCUUUUAUGUUUGUUUUUUCUUGCUAUUCCUUACUAUAUUUUUACAGCUAGGGAGGUAGAAUUUCAACUUGGAGGAGGCUGGGAAGUUCUGUCGUACUUUCCUCAGCAGCAUCUGUCACUUCAGAUUGAGUGAAUGCCAAGAUCAUGUGUUUUUUCCCAAUAAGAGGCAAAAGUGCCCAGGGAAGGCUUACAGGUGUUUCAGUUUUAACAAGGACAUUCUUAAAACAGAACAGUGACAGGGAAUUUAAUGAGACAAAACUUUGAAGGACUAGAAAAGCAAGUUUCAAGGAGGUAAGGAGUGACGGCGUAUAGCAUAUUGUAGAAACCUCUCGCUAUAUUGUCUUAGUUUAUGUAUCGUUGCAAUGUCUUUGCCUGGUUUGCUGGAGAGAACAAGCCCCAGUCCUGCCUAUUUCAUCAGCUGUUUGGGUUUUUUUGUCAGGUGUAGCAUUUGUCUGUCAAAAAAGAACGCUUCCUCCCCCCUCCACCAAAGCAGGCAACUCCUCUGGUGGAACCUGGAGCUGUACUGGCGAGUCUGACGGAGCUGGAUCCAGCGGGAGAGCUGUGCGCCAUUAAAGAGCUAUCACCUCUCAUUUGAGCUGGCUUUCUUUUUUUCCCCAGCAGCAGAGAAAAUGACACUUGCCCGUCUGUAUAGCAAGGGAAGCCUGUAAAGUCCAGAGCAUCCUUGUGGGUGAAAACUUCUGGAAAAAAGGAUUUUAUGAUUUAUGGUAACUUUGUGGAGGGAAAAGAGUGUUUUGCCAUCGUCGGCUUUUUUAAGGGAAAGUAAGGCUUUCUGCCACCCGGGGCUGAGAGAAGCAUAAGCACGUUUUCUUGGCCCUGAUCCUGUGCUGAUUUCCUGCUCUGCGCUCCAGCGCUGCAGUUGCAGGGUGUCCCAGGCCUUACGGGUCUCUGAAAUCAUUACGGAUGUUUGUAAUGUUCUGUUUAACCCUGGUCUUUUAUUCCACUGGGAUUUGAGAAAUCUAAUGGCAGCGUAUUACAUGUCAGCUUCCCAGAGUGGGGAGUACACGCGAAUCCCAGCGCAGCAGGGUGAGACUGUCCCUCUGUUGCUCCCUGGCGAGGGCCUUGGGAACCCAGCUCUCGUCUCUCUUGUUUACACGCGCGUUUGAGCAUUGCUGAACAAGUUGCUUAGCACUGUGUCUGUGGCUUUCAUCUGUUGUUCUUGCCGCAGUUGGCAUGUACCAUAUUGGCUGAUGUGCAGCAAAGAAAAUAGUCUUUGUGUGCUAAAUGACUAGUCUGUACUUAUGCGCGUAUGCAAGAAAUAAGGAGUGUCCUCCAGGAAGUGGGUGGUCGUGGAAUUCCUACGAUCUCCCCAGGAGUCUGCCCUCUCGCCCUCCUCCUUUUACCAUAAUAAAAAUGAAACUUGCUGUUUAUACGACAAAAUCAGAGUUGAGUUUUCUGCCAAUUAUUACGCGCGUAGGCUCUUCUACCAACAAAAUUUCUAUUGUGAGGCCAGAGUCAGGCCAGAUAAGAUGACUUGCCUCUGUACUUUGCAGUCUCCUUUAACAUCAGUAAUAAUAGGACUUUCUGUGCUGUGGAGCUCAAGAGGUUGAGGAAAGUAUUGAGCCAUUUUUGUAAUUUAAAAAUAAAAAUCAAGUUUCACAGUGUGCGUACAGUGCUGUGAAAGCAGUGCAGCUCGUUUGGAAACAGCCAGAUCGUUCAU